AUGGCACCGGUACAAUCCAAGAUCCAGACUCCCGGCUUGGGUAACCGGAACCUUCUUGAUAAGAUUGACAAGUUGAGAGAGCUUGGAAUCUCCAAGCAGGUAAGCAGCCUUGGCUUGGUAUACGCGGUAUCACUUACUGACUUUGGCCCCCAGCUUGUCGUCGUAGGAGAUCAGUCUUCAGGCAAGUCCAGUGUCCUGGAGUCCCUCACGGGAUAUUACUUCCCUCGUUCUGUGGGUCUCUGCACUCGCCAUGCCACCGAGAUUGUGUGCCGUCGAGAAGCUAUGACGAGCAUUAUUGUCACAAUUCAACCGUUCGACGCCACCCCCGAGAGAGCCGAGCGUGCCAGGUCGUUUCGGCGCGAGCUCCAUGACUUGAAAGGUGAAGAGUUUGCAGAUGUACUCAAGGAAGCUGCGGAUGUGAUGGGCUUGAAGACCUCCAGCGAUGGUCACUCCAAGGGAGCUGCUUUCAGCAAAGACGUUCUGCGCGUUGAGAUAUGCGGCCCUGACGAGGAGCACCUGACCAUCAUCGAUGUGCCCGGCGUCUCGACUGCCACAGAUGUUGCCUUGGUCAAGUCCAUGGUCAAGGACUACAUUAAAGACCCCCGGACAAUUAUUCUUGCUGUCAUUCCUUGCAACGUGGAUGUUGCAACCCAAACCAUCCUCACCUACGCCGCCGAAGCGGACCCCGAAGGCAAGCGCACCUUGGGUGUCCUUACAAAGCCAGAUCUCGUCAGCGAGAACGCCACUCGUGAGGCAGCAAUGGAUCUGAUAAGGGGAAAGAGGCGCGACAUCCAGCUGGGAUACUACGUGGUCAAGAACCGCGGCGCCGACGACACAUCCUCCAGCAAGGAGGAGCGGGAUUCUCAGGAGAAGGCUUUCUUCAGCGAAGAACCUUGGUCCAAGCUUGACAAUUCGCGUCUAGGAAUCCCAGCCCUACGCAAUCGCUUGCGCGAGCUUCUUAUGGACCGGACCAAGAGCGAGUUUCCCAAAGUGCGCCGGGAGAUCAACGAGCGUUUUGCCGACGCCAAAGCCCAAAUCAAGGCUCUAGGUCAGCCUCGGAGCACUUCCGAUGAGCAGAGAGCGUAUCUCGGCAAUAUUGUGAGUCGGUACAUUCAGCUCAGGGACUUCAGCCUGAACGCCUACUACACUGGUGAUCCUCUCUUUGAGAACAACCCUGAAUAUCGCCUGGCGACCCGGAUCCGCGAGAUGAACUCGGCAUUCUCUUCGAUGUUCUUCAAGAGCGCCCAUACCCGCAGCUUCGAUGACCUGAAUGAUGAUGAAAAGGCUAAGGUUGGAGGCGAUGAGCUUGACACCGAGUACGAAGAUGAAGAGCUUAGCAGGGACGACCUGUACGCAGUAACAUUCAAGAUGCCAUCGGACGAGUUUGGUGACUUGUAUGGAGUCUUGUCAGAGCCUUGCAAGUGUGCAGCGCCUCGAAACGACAGCAUCAUGAAGCAUCUUGAACAAUUGUACCUGGCAUCUCGUGGUUUUGAGAUGGGCACUUUUAACAAUCACAUGCUUCCAACAGCAUUCAAAGAGCAGUCGAAGAAGUGGGAGUCCAUCACCUUGGCCCAUGUCAGCAACGUCAUCCUUGUGGUGCACCAUUUCAUCUACGGGGUGGUCAAGGAGGCCUGCGGUGAUGGAGCGGUUCUUGAAGCGCUCUGGUCCUCGGUUCUCGAGGACCUCGUCAAGCGCUACCAGAUGGCCAUACAGCAGGCGAAGUUGCUCAUCCAUGUGGAGCGGGAGGGUCGCUCUAUCACGUACAAUCCAGCAUUCGACAGAGUGCUUGGACAAGUCAAGGCCAAGAGGUUUGCCAAAAAGUACAAGGACAAGAUCACUGUGGAUUACGAAGGAGAUGUCGAGUACGUCAAGUGCAGCGACUUGGAGAAGGAACCGACCAAUGCCGAGGGAAUGAGCGAGACGUGCAACAUCAUCCACGACGUCUUGCAGAGCUACUACGACAUCGCAAGCGCCCGUUUCUCCGACAUGAUAUGCACCCAGGUAAUUGACUACUUCCUUCUCGGCGCUGAAGACAGUCCCUUGAACGUUCUAUCUUCGAACCGCAUCUACAAGAUGACGGCUGAACAACUGGACAUGGUGGCAGGCGAGGACGCCGUGAGCAGGGCCACGCGUGAGAUGCUGAAGAACGACAUCAAGCUCUUCGAGGAGGGCAGAAAGGUUCUUCGCACCUAG